GCAGCCCAGCCCCAGCCGCAGCCCCAGCCCGGGUCGCCACCGACCUGCGCCGCCGCCCGCGCCCCGUCUGCCAGCUCCCGCUGCUGCUCCCCGGGCGCCGUCCCCUCCUCACCUGGAAGCCAACAUGAAGGAGACCCGGGGCCACGGGAGCGCCCCUUUCUGCACCCAUCUCAACCACUCCUACCCGGGCAUGUGGGCGCCCGAGGGCUCCGCCGAGGCGCAGGACAACCUCACGCGCCCCCCGGGGCCCGGAGAGGAUUGCAGCUCCGUGUCCGUCGUCUUCCCCAUCACCAUGAUGAUCACCGGCUUCGUGGGCAACGCACUGGCCAUGCUGCUCGUGUCGCGGAGCUACCGGCGCCGGGAGAGCAAGCGCAAAAAGUCGUUCCUGCUGUGCAUCGGCUGGCUCGCGCUCACCGACCUGGUCGGGCAGCUGCUCACCAGCCCAGUGGUCAUCGUCGUGUACCUGUCCCAGCAGCGCUGGGAGCACCUCGACCCGUCGGGGAGGCUGUGCACCUUCUUCGGGCUGACCAUGACUGUCUUUGGGCUCUCCUCGCUCUUCAUCGCCAGCGCCAUGGCCGUCGAGCGGGCGCUGGCCAUCCGGGCGCCGCACUGGUACGCGAGCCACAUGAAGACGCGCGCCACCCGCGCCGUGCUGCUCGGCGUGUGGCUGGCCGUGCUCGCCUUCGCCCUGCUGCCCGUGCUGGGCGUGGGUCAGUACACCGUCCAGUGGCCCGGGACGUGGUGCUUCAUUAGCACUGGGGGCGGGGGCAACGGGACUAGUUAUCCACACAACUGGGGCAACCUUUUCUUUGCCUCCACCUUUGCCUUCCUGGGGCUUUCGGCGCUGGCGGUCACCUUCGCCUGCAACCUGGCCACCAUUAAGGCCCUGGUGUCCCGCUGCAGAGCCAAGGCCACGGCGUCGCAAUCCAGCGCCCAGUGGGGCCGGAUCACGACCGAGACGGCCAUCCAGCUCAUGGGGAUCAUGUGCGUGCUGUCUGUCUGCUGGUCGCCACUGCUGAUUAUGAUGUUGAAAAUGAUCUUCAAUCAGACAUCAGUUGAGCACUGCAAGAUGCACACAGAGAAGCAGAAAGAAUGCAACUUCUUCUUAAUAGCUGUUCGCCUGGCGUCACUGAACCAGAUCUUGGAUCCCUGGGUUUAUCUGCUGCUAAGAAAGAUCCUUCUUCGAAAGUUUUGCCAGAUUCUCAAGAGAGGAAGUCUCUGCCUCGUUCAUUGUUCCUUGACUGGCAGGUCAGAUCAGUGGCUAGCCUACGGCUCGGGUUUGCAUACCUUGUCCAAUCAGGUAGCCUGGUGUGUGCAGAAGCCUUGUCCAAGGAUCCAGCAAGGGUUGUGUGCAGAGGAAUCUCCCUUACAAGAGUCUACAGAUCAGGCACCACACAAACAACUAUGCAUCCAGCUCCACCUCCCUCCCCCACCAGGGCUCCUCAACCUUGAUGUCCAGGGACCACUUGGAAAGGAGGAAUUUUUGGGAAAUUAAAAACCUACCUUGCUCCAAGAUCACAUCACUGGAAGUUCCUCAACUUUCUUUCUGUUAAAGAAAGAAAACAUCACAGAAACAUCCCACCUCCCAACCUGCUCCCUUUCACUUUCUCCCCCAUGUUCCCCUAAGGUAAUCCCUAUCCAGAAGUUGGUAUCUCCUGUUUCCAGGCGUGCUUUUGUAUUUUUACUACAUGUAUAUGCAUCCAUUAAAUCUGUAUCCUAUUGUUUUGAGAGUGGAGAAUAUUUACAUAUAUGUUUUCCUGUUACAUGUGUGAUUUUCUACUUGGUUUUCUUUACUCAAAAUUGUAUUUCUUGAGAAUUAUCCAUAUUGAAACAUGAAGCUGUACAUCAUUAAUUUUAACGGCUGUAAAGUAUUCCAUGGUUUGAAGAAAACAUAAUUUGUCAGUCCCCUGCCAAAGGAAAAUUAUUUCAUUUUGUCAUGACAAGCAUCACUGCAAAAAAAAAAAAAUCACUUGUGUACAUGUUUGCUUGUGCACACAUUUAUGAGGUUCUCUAAGAUAAAUACGUAGGAGUCGAAGUACUAGAUCAAAGGGCUUGUGCAUCUUGUUACGCCCGCACGAAUGAGAGUUUCCCCCGUGUGUAGUUACAGGAAUGUUUGUGAUGUUUUAAUUUUUUACAACCCUAUAGGUGUGAAAUGAUAUUUCAUUGUUUAUUUUACAUUUUCCUGGUUGAAAUGUGAAGUUGAGAAUCUUUCCAAGUCUUAUUGAUGAUUUGGUUUUCUUCUGUGUCUGGCUUGUUUAUAAAAUUGACAAUUUCUCCUGGGUUCUAUGUCAAUUUCUUAAUGAUUUGCAAAGGUUUUAAAAAUAUGUUCUGAAUAAUAAUGCUCUGUUUUUGGUGCCUAUUGAAUACAAUAAGUUCUCAUAAACUCUCUGUGAAUCCCCUCUUCUCAUUCUUUCUCCUUCUGCCUCUGCCCCUUCCUCUACCUCUCCCUUUCUCUAUCUCAAUAACCCUUUCUCUCCCUACAGCUCAGACUUUGUCCAUGGAAACAUCUUGGGAAACAAGCAGCAUACUGACCUUUUCACUUUCCCGAAUCUUGGUCUCUAACUACCCCUCAUCCCCAUGACCAACACUCAAAUUUCUUGAUGGAACAUCUUUUCUUUCAAAGUAUUGACACUCAUUGCAAAUAUAUUUUAAGAGCAGAAGUGUUCUGCUUUUGUGGGCUACCGGUUUGUCAGAUACAAUCACAUUCCGUAUAUGAGUUUCAGUUCAACUGAUGUUUUCCUUUUCCCAGCACGUCUGUUACCUCUUUCUGGACCUUCCCUAUUCCAUGUCUUUGUCAGGAUUUUGCAAGUCUGGUGAGGGCAGUGAACAAAAUUUAUGGGUGCAAUGGGUGCUGAUAUGGAUGAUAGGAAAAAGAAAUUCUAAUUAUUUUAUCAACAUAGACUAUGCACUGAGAUAAGAAUUUGAAGUUACUGCAAAAUGAAACCGUUGAGAUGAAGAUGUUAAUAUAUUGAGAUUAGUAGAUGUCAUAAUGAGUUUAGAAAAAAAGAAAAGUUUCUAGGACAUACCAGAUCAUAUUGCCGCACUGCCUCCGUACACAAAAUUGGUGUUAAUGCAUAAAUUUCUCUGGAAGAUUCUAUAAGUUUGUGAGUUGGAAGCAAUGCUGUUUUAAAUAUUGACACCUAGUUAUUGCAACUUCUUAAAUUAAAAUGUAUAAGCUAGAGGUUUUCUUUUGCUUUUCUAUCUUCCUCUUUUUUCUAAGUAUAGACGAGAAAUAAAGGCAGAUGUAAAUGCUUAGAGUUAUUUAUUUGGAUUCCAAUUUAAACUUUCCAUUACUUUUUAUUUUGUUUUUAAACAUAGGCAUCUGUUCGGUUUCAUGAGCAAAGCCCCCAAUUUUGUUCUCUUCUUACUGAAGUUCUUGAAAUAGAAGUAAUGUUUUAAUGUUUGAUAAUAAUAGACCAAAGAGGAUGACAACAUCCAAGUAUAAGUAUGUAUUUCACAAUCUAGAAUAAUUUUUUUUACAGGAAAAUGCAUUAGACAAAGAAUAGUGUGUGUAGGGGUGUGGUAAUUACAAUAAUAAACGUGGAAGAAAUAACUGGCCAGGGAUAACAUAGCCAGUCCAAGUUUGUAUCCAAUAUACUUUUUUUUUAUCUAAAGCAGAAUUAUAAUCUAAAAAUAAUAUUUACAUUCUGAAUGAUGAGUCAGACAGACAGAAACGUAGUAGCAUGUAGUGUUUAAGAUUGUUCAAAAAUAUGAGUGAUUUUAUUUGAAAAAUGACUGACUUUCUUCAGAGUUCCAGGGCUCUCGGUUAUUUUAAUAAAGCAAAUUAUCUUGGAGGAAGGUUCAUAAACUCUACCUUCAUUAGCUUACCCUUGUACGGCAGGGGCGUUUGCUUGGGAAAUCAUUAGACUCUUUUUGGGCUCAGAAAUAGGUGCCCUUAAACUAGUGUUUCGUGCAGUGCACAAUGCAAAAGGCUGAUAAUUUUACUUGAAAAAAAAUCAUUAUACUUUCCAUUCUGUUCAGUCUAUAUCACACUCAGAAGAAAUUAAUUAUCUUGGUGGUUUGGUGCUUCAGUUGUCCAAAGUCUUUGUUUGUGUUAAUGAUAAAUGUAAUACUAUAUUAACUUUAGGUUGUACUUCUUGCUACAAAUUCUCACUGUUUGGUUUACUAAAUAAGUGAAAACAUUUUCACAAGUGGCCAAUAUAAGAAGGGACAGGUAAGCUUCUUGCUUCAUAACCUUUUCCAAAAGCUUUAUUUCCAUGUAAAUUUAAUCUAUUCUUACUUGCUAUUAAUUUAGCAGCUACAAGUUUCAUCUCAUUUAUUUAACUAGCUAGUUGAUAAAUCUUUGUAUUAAGUCUUGGUAUAUGUUAGGCAAUGAUUUACUUGUGACUCAAGUUCUGAAUUCUUUUUUCCUAAAAUUAGCAAAAUUUAGAGCUUCUGUUUUUAUCCUCAAAUAUUCCAAUAAUUUCUCUCUUAAACAAACAAACAAACCUGGAUUAAAGAGAUGAUUGAAAUUCAUAACAAAUAUCAUUUUUGUCUCUCACAUUACCAUACUACUUAGAACCAGGACAGGUGUUAGUUUUUAUAUUUGUGGUGCUUCACACAUAUCACUUAUCCUUGUGAAUAUCCUUUAGACUCUCAAUGAAAAAGCAUCACGCCUCCCCCAAGGUCCUUGAAGAAAUAUGAUCUGUGACGGUGCAGGCGACUCUAGGACACAAAACAGAGCAUAGGCAAGAGGCUGCAGAUUGGGGAGAGCCCAGGUUCCGGAAGGUCCUGGGAUCUAGAAGAUGCUGAGAAGAAAAUAAGGUGAUCUCUAUUCUCUCCUAGCCCAGCCAAGACCUCUCAAGAGGUCAGCAAAAAGAAAAGAAAUUGAAAUCAGUAAAAUUUAUCUAGUUCCUCUUAUGUGCUGGUGUUAGCAUGCAUAUUUCCCGGUUUCAGUGCUCACCAGCCGUGUAACCUGGGACAAGGACAUAACCUCCCUGGGCUGCAGUUUUCUUAUCUAUAUAAAAUAAAGACAAUAAUAACAUGUUUUUCAGUGGCCGGUCCUGUGGCGGAGUGAUUAAGUUCACACGCUCCACUUUGGCGUCCCAGGGUUUCG